UGACCGACCAAGAACCACGCAAGCUCUGUUGAAGACGGAAUUGGGAAAUUCGUCGAUACUUGCACUUGACAAAUUUAAAUAUGCAAGAAAGUGUUCUAUUGAGUGCUAAGGAGUCAUGGAAAAAUGCAAACUUUACGGAAUUACAGAGAGAAAUGGAUUCUGUAGCCAUUGAAUUGGCAAAUGUACAGAAAAAUUCACUGGAAGAAAGAAAGGAAAUCGCUAGCAAAACAAAAGAUUUUAGAAAGCUGGAAGAUGACCAGAAGCUUCUUGAGAUUAAGGCACUUCUAAAACGUUAUCAAACAGGAAUAGAUUCUUUAACGAGACGAGCAAAGAAUUCGGAAGCCUUAUUUGCAAAGGUAUACGAGGCCCUGGGAGAUGUCCCGGACCCUUUCCCAAUCCUGGAAAGCUUGAGUGAUUACAAUUCAACACAAGACGAGCUUGAGAGUAUUCGCUCCAAAUAUGCCGCAUCACAAGUUGAAUUGUCCCAGGCAAAGGACGCACAAAAAGAGCUUGAGGCUUUGAAGCAGCAAAUGCGAAAGCAAGCAGAACAAUAUGAAGCCAAAAUUCGGAAAGCUGUGAAAGAUACGCGUAAGGAAUGCGAAAGUGAGUACGCCAAACAAGAAGCUAUGCACAAAGAUGCAGAAGCUGAGGCCGCUCACCAAAUUGAAGAACUGAAACAAAAACUCCAAACUGUUCAAUUAAGUCAGAUUGAGCAAAGUAUCCAGUUGUCUCAAAAAUCCGAUGCUAGUGAAAGCAAGCUAACGAGCAUGGAGGGCUUCAAUACCCUCAUGACUGACCUUGAGAAGGCAAGCCAAAAGAUUGCCAAACUUCAACAGGAAAACGAAGAGCUGAAGCAACGGUCUGCAAUAGCUCAAGACUCUAAUGCCGAUGCAGAGUCAAGCAGUCGCGUACAUUUUUUGGAAACAGAGAACGAUGAACUGACACAGCGGUUGCACGAGCAAUUGCAGCACAACGAAAAAGCAAAGGCGGAGUACGGUGCUGAGCUGGAGAAGAUUACAUCCCUUCUACAAGAGCAGGAAGCCAGCAUUCAAGAACUGCAAGCACAGGUGAACCAAUGCGCCGAUUAUGAAGAGGUCAAGCGUGAAUUACAAGUAUUUAAGGAAGUUGAAUUUGGCACGGAGGAAUCGAAGAACGAAAAGAGUGCCGAACCACUCAGCUUGGAAGCACGUCUUAUGCAGAAAGAGCGACGGAUGGCGAGCGAACUUGCUACAUAUCGUCAGCAAGCUGCGGAGCUCCAGAUGAAGUGUGCUCAGUAUAGUUCACGUGUUGAACAGUUAGAAGAAAAGUCUUCUCGUCACAAAAAGAUUAUUGAAGAAUUGGAGAAUGAAUUACGCUCCGUAGAUGUUGAGAGUGGUAGCGUUGUGAAUUUUGCACAUUCACAAUAUGGACGUUCUUCUCCUACUUCAACAAUCUUGAAUGGCGGAAACACCAGUAUCAUUUCAGGACACACAAUGUCAGUUACCGGAAAUGCAGAAUCAACAGUUGGUAUUAUGGAUAUCAUAAAAAAACAGCGUGAUCGUUUCCGUAAUAGCAACAUGGAGUUGCUCAAGCAAGUGAAUUCCUUACAGUCAGAGAACAGUAAGCUGCAAGAGGAGAUUGAGGAAAUGAAGCGGACAACUACUUCACUCUAUGAACAAGCCCGAUACAAGGCAUCGUAUCGCCAGUACAUGAAUCCGUCAGAUCUGGAGUUGGGAAACGCAAAUCAGUCUUAUGAAACAAAAAUAUCGCCCUACAGUAAUUUCCGGAGCAAGGAGAUGGAGCGAGCCUAUUCGCGAAUGGGUCCCUUGGAGCGGGUUGUGUACUCUUUGGUCAAACUUGUUCUGUUAAACAAAGCCACACGUUUAAUGUUUUUAAGCUACUUGUUAGGUCUUCAUGUUGUCACCAUGCUUUCCCUUGCAAAUUCGUUUUCUGCUUGAGUGAAGCCAACGAUGGCGGGUACCCAUUUUCUGACUAAUGUGUCAUAAUUGUUCAGCGAUCAACGUAUCUUUUGUACCAGAGACAAUGGGUUGUACACACAUCCUGUUGCGUCUUGCCGGCACGAAUUAAAACUGCACUUUUAUAUACGUUCAUUUCAACUCUUUCCAUACCUUAAUCAACAUUUUGUCAGCGAACAUUUCAAAUGGACAUACUUUCUUUUUCCGCCUUUUUUGAUUGCUAUUUGCUAGUCUUACGAGUAUGGAAGUCGCAUAUAUCAGUGUCUUUAUCUUUUUUUACAAUCAUUAUUAAGAAGCUAUAUUUAUUUUUGUAUCAUGAAACGUUUAGCAAUAGUAAUUCUAUGAUAAAACAAAUGAGUACGGAUGGAGAAAAAUCCAAAACAAA